UGAUUGAUCACACCAGGAUACAGUUAGUUUGUUGAAAAAGAAUAUACAACAUCCACCAUGGACACAGGGACUAACAAAGCAGGGUGCUUGUGUUUAAUUCUGAUUUUCUCACCUCUCCUAACAUCUGCAAUUUUCUUGCAGAGUAAAGUGGCAAACGCGUUGUUGAAAAGUAGACAAAGGAGAGCCAAUACUUGGUUUGAGGAAUUUAAGCCUGGAUCUCUGGAACGCGAGUGUAAUGAAGAGAAGUGCUCCUAUGAAGAAGCCAGGGAAAUCUUUAAGGAUGAUAGACGAACUAAAGACUUUUGGAAGACAUACACAGAUGAAAACCAGUGCCUCUCAAACCCUUGUAAAAAUGGGGGGAGCUGCUUUGAUCAAUAUCAGGCAUAUUUCUGUGCAUGUCCUCUGGGCUAUGAAGGCAGAAAUUGUGAAAAAGAUUUAAAUUCUACAUUAAAAUGCAUUUAUGACAAUGGCCAGUGUGAACAAUAUUGUCAUGACAACCCAUCUUCAAUUCGUCAAUGUUUCUGUGCCGAGGGCUAUGCACUGGGAAGUGAUGGUGUAUCUUGUGUUCCUGAAGUUAAAUAUCCUUGUGGACAAAUACCAGUUCUAAAACACAAGCUGAGUCCAAAAUCUGGUAGAAUUGUCGGUGGUGAGGAAUGUCCAAAAGGUGAAUGUCCUUGGCAGGCAAUGCUGAUCCAAGGAAACACCUUCAUUUGUGGAGGGGUGUUAAUUGCACCAAACUGGGUUGUCACUGCUGCUCAUUGUUUAAUCUCACUUUCUGCCCAACAGCUAACUGUGGUGCUUGGUGAACACAGGAUUGGUGAAUCAGAAGGAUCUGAGCAACGACGCAAUGUGUCUAAAAUCAUAAGUCAUGAAAACUAUUUAGGAAUAAGAUCAAAUAAUGAAAACGACAUCUCCAUCCUCCAACUGGAUUUUGCAGUUAAUUAUACUGACUAUGUGGUUCCAAUAUGUUUACCAGAAAAGCAAUUUGCCAUUCGAGAACUUAUUUCUAUAAGGUACUCGACAGUAAGUGGAUGGGGUCGUCUAUUACACCUUGGGGCAACACCUGAAAUUUUGCGAAGAGUGCAGCUACCUCGAGUGAAGACACAGGAUUGUGUGGCAGAGACUAACAUGAAUAUUUCUCAAAACAUGUUUUGUGCAGGGUUCACUGAUGGCACCAAGGACUCCUGUAAGGGUGACAGUGGAGGACCACAUGCUACACAGUAUAAACAUACUUUUUACCUUACUGGCAUUGUUAGCUGGGGAAAAGGAUGUGCAUCCAAAGGUACUUACGGUGUUUACACUAGGGUAUCUAAAUAUAUUGAUUGGGUAGAGAGGAACAUACAGGAUAAUCCUGUUUAAACUACGCAAACGCUGACUAAUGUAGGGAUUCUAGAAUAGCUAUAAAACAUUUUACAUCCCUAUUUUAAGACAUUUACAGACAUUUUAACUCUUUGUAAGCCUUUUACGAGAGAAUUUUUUUUUAGAAAAAAUAAAACAAAUUUACAUCCA